AUGAGCGUGUUUGCUCUCCUCGGCAGCCAGAGACGCGCGGGGCUGAUCCGAAAAUCCGGGCGUGAGGCUGCGAGGCGAAGCCUUGGCUCCCAGCACCCCGUCCCACUGCUCGGGAAAAGCACUGGUAGCUCUCUCCUACGAGAUAAGCUUUCUGCCGGCGAGAGCAAGCGCUGCCCACGGGAUGCGCAGGGCGGGGGCUGCUCCGCGCCCUCCUGCCCCGCCGCUGUCCCCACCGUGUCCCACGGAGCCCUGGAGCCCCUGGCUGGUCAGGCCCGCGUUUGGGGGAGCCCUGCCAGGCGGGGAAAGGAGGCCCGAACCCGCAGUCACCCCCGCACAGCGCUCGGACUGAGCGCAGACCGUAAGGCCAGCUCCCGCAGCAGCCCGCUGGGCCGAUUCCUGGCCCAGGGGAGCGACUGGUUUUCCCCCCUAAGUUUUAAAACGAGACCUGAGGCUGCGGGGGCAGCGCGCGGUGCGGACGGGCGGCCCGAGGCGCUCGGGGAAAGGCCGGUGCCCACCGCGCACGGGGAAAGGCCGGUGCCCACCGCGCUCGGGGAAGGGCCGGUGCCCACCGCGCUCGGGGAAAGGCCGGUGCCCACCGCGCACGGGGAAAGGCCGGUGCCCACCGCGCACGGGGAAAGGCCGGUGCCCACCGCGCUCGGGGAAAGGCCGGUGCCCACCGCGCACGGGGAAAGGCCGGUGCCCACCGCGCUCGGGGAAGGGCCGGUGCCCACCGCGCACAGGGAAGGGCCGGUGCCCACCGCGCUCGGGGAAAGGCCGGUGCCCACCGCGCUCGGGGAAAGGCCGGUGCCCACCGCGCUCGGGGAAGGGCCGGUGCCCACCGCGCUCGGGGAAAGGCCGGUGCCCACCGCCGGACCGCGCUCCCCGCCGGCGGCUGCGCGGGGCUGGCCCGGAGCCCUUCGCCUCCCUCGGUGCGCCGCCGUCCCGCGGUGCUACAGCGGGAGCAAAUCUCGCCACGCCGUGUCUAAGAGCCCUCCCCAACCCCACUCGCGGCGGCUGCUUGAGGGCCGCCGCGGCCACGCUCCUGGCAGGUUGGGCUGGGCUUCGGCGCCACCGGCGACAGCCGCAACGAGGCUCCCCGCGGUUCAGGCUAAAGCUGGGUCACUCCAGGCGACAAGGGGCUCUGAGCGCGAUGAAAGCGCGGGGGGCUCCCCCUGUUCCCCCGCCCUGUUCCCUUUCCUCGGCUCCUGA